AUGGAGCUCUUCGACUUGCUUACUGAUCUAAAGGCCUAUGAGUUCGAUUUGAACUCAAGGAAUGAAGAAGAGAACUCCACAUCCGUCAUCAUUACCAAGGCUUUGGUGUCUUCCGAGGAGUCACCAGUUGUCAACGAAGAAAAGUCGUCUGCCCAGCAGCUCAGCAACGAUGCAAUGGAUCUUCUCGUGAAGAAAUUCGGGAAAUACAUGAAGAAGAGCAUUUCUAAUUCAAGCUCUUCAAAUAAAACUAAUGAUGAUAAAUCUAAAUCGAAAGCUAAUUGCAGAAAGCUGAAACGUGAUGAGAAGAAGAAAGACAAUAAAGACGAGCUGAAGGAACUCAUGGCGGCAGACGGCAAUGCCAAGUGGAUUCAAAGCAACUCAGAUUAUUCAUCAUCUAGGGAUAGUGAUGAUGAAGAGGUUGUUUGCUUCAUGGCGAGAGAAGAGGAAGAUUAUGAGGAAUCUAAGAUGGACAGCCAAGAUGAUAAGAUGGGGGCGUCUAAGCAGAUGGAUAACCAAGAUGGUCAAAUGGGGGCAUCUAAGAAAAUGGACGACCAAGAUGAUCAGAUGGGGGUGUCUAAGCAGAUGGACGGCUAA